CUCUAGGCUACGCAUGCUCAUAUUUCGUUCACUUCCAAACAAAUAAAACAAAAAUUUUUUUUGAAACGUUUGAGUUGAAUAAAGCCAAUUUUUGGCCGAAUUAUCCACUCUAAGAGACAAAUAAUAACGCAGAGCAAUACCUGGGAACAUUAAUUAGUGAUCUCUGUAAUUUCUGUCGGAGUUUUCUGUCGGAAAGAAACGAUUUGAAACCCUUCAACAAGACAUCAAUUUAAGCGAGUUUCUUCGAGUUUCAAAAUGUCGUAUGUACUUCAGCAUUUACACAAUGGAUGGCAAGUGGAUCAAGCGAUCUUAGUGGAGGAGGAUAAAGCCGUUGUUAUACGUUUUGGCCACGAUUGGGAUCCACAGUGUAUGAAAAUGGACGAAAUUCUAUAUGGAAUUGCAGAUAAAGUUAAAAACUUCGCAGUAUUUUACGUGGUUGACAUCAGUGAAGUGCCAGACUUCAAUAAAAUGUACGAAUUGUAUGAUCCCUGUACGGUUAUGUUCUUCUACAGGAAUAAACACAUCAUGAUUGACUUGGGGACUGGAAAUAACAAUAAGAUUAACUGGGCUUUGGAAGAUAAGCAAGAAAUGAUAGAUAUUGUGGAGACGGUCUAUCGAGGGGCGAGGAAAGGCCGUGGGUUGGUCAUUUCACCUAAAGACUACUCCACCAAGUAUCGGUAUUAGGGAAUCUGAGGAUUAUUUUGGCCAAUCGAUUGAUAAUAUCGGGGUAUCAGGGCUAUUGGUUACGGACAGAUAAUUGUUACAUUUGGGCGAUUAAAUUAUUCUAGUUGCUAGUUUGCUACAUUGUACACUGCUGCUAUUGCCUUGCAUGUAUUUGUUGUAAAUCGUAGAAAAGCUUUAAUAAAAUACUAUCUUUAUUUUGCAGAUAUUGACUGCAUUAUUCUUCUAGAGAAAAUAGCAUUAAAUACCAUCACUAUAC